GCAAAGAAAAAAGUUCAGUUUUACAGGAUAAAAAUCAAGGUCAAACUUCACCAAAGGCUGGAGCUUCCUACACUGAGGCAAGCAGACCUUGAACCUGAUGAUUGUGACCUGAAUGAAACAGAAGCAAACUUCAAUACACACAAUUUAACAGUCCAGAUUACACCUUACAGAGCAUCUUGUCUUCAUUUUGAUAAAGACAAACACAAGUUUGUAUCAGAUCAAUGUAUGCUCUCCAUGUUUUCCAACUUGCACCACCUACACUGCCAAUGCGUUGUUGCCGCUGCAUUUACUGGAAGUGUUGUGAUUGUGCCAAAGCUAAUUAACCCCCUUGACGUUGGACUCUUCCUGCAGAUUUUUGAAAACCCUCUAGUUGUUUCAAUGGUCAUUGCUAUUUGGAUGAUAUUUGUGGCUGGAGUGCUGUAUGGGCGAAGGAAAGAUAAACAGGAUGAUAUAAAGAGAGGUGUGACAGUUCUUGAUGACAACAGAGUCAACCAAACAUAUGUUUACCUGGUGUGUGUAGUGACUGGCUGGUCCACAAGCUCCUCCACAACCUCCAAUGUCUUCAUCAUCAUCAAAGGCUCUCUGGCACUCAGUGAUACACACAUUCUCAAAGAUGACACACGCAGGCUGUUUGAGGCAGGAGCUGAGAACUGGUUUGUGUUGACUACAGCAUCAGAUUUAGGUGAGAUUUUAACUGUGAGUGUGUGGACAGACUUCUCUGGUGGACAUCCUUCAUGGUUUCUGAACUCCGUGUUUGUUCAGAACAUGCAGACACAAGAAUCCUGGUUCUGUUUAUACAAUAGUUGGCUUAGUGUUGACAGGGGAGUUGGAAAUCUUAUGGCAGACAUACCUGCCAUGAAGGAACAUGUCUAUGCUGGCAAAAGAAACCUCCAGUUUUUUAGCAGGGCCAACAAUGACAUGCGUAAUGAGCACCUGUGGUUUGGGGUCAUUGCAAAAACAAGCUACAACAGAUUUACUCGGGUCCAGCGGCUGUUGACCGGCCUGACAAUGCUGCAGUGUCUAAUGAUUUUUAAUCUGAUAUUUUUUGAAACUAUUGAUCCUGAUGAUGCUGAACAAUUUAUCCAAGUUUUUGAACAGAAAAUUCAUUUAACUAGUAUUAUAAUUGGUAUAGAGACAUCCAUUAUUAUGAGCAUUAUAGGAUUUCUUCUGGUAAUAAUGUUCAACAAGAUUGCCCCUAAACCACAUAAGAAUAAAAAUGAUGAACUGACGGAAGAGGAAAAAGAAAUGUUUCAAACUAAAAUGGAGCGCGAAAAAUAUGUAGCAGAAAACCGUGUUGUACUUGACCUACCCGUACACAGCCCAAAGCAGAGCAGCGAGGAAUCAGCGGAGGUGGCCAGUGAUUGGGCAGAAAGUGAGGAAGUGGAUGAGUCAGAUAAUGCGACCAAUAGAAAUUUUAAUGCUGGGUCUUCAUCAGUAGACGACGAACUAGAAAUAUCUGAAGCUCUACUGAAGCAGAGACUGGCUGAAACUGUUGUGAACGUCCCAUCUGACCAGGAUAAAGAUACCUCUCCAGAAAAUGCAAAAACAUUCAUGCUGCCCUGGUGGUUUCUAAUAAUAGCCUGGGUGAUUCUAGGAUCAUUCAACUUAUUUUUAGCCUACUACAUCAUGCUGUAUGGUCUGAGUUUUGGAUAUGAAUUGAGUGUUGACUGGGCUUUAGCUUUCUUCAGUGGUUUUUUUACCAAUGUAUUUAUUGUACAGCCAGUUAAAGUCAUCCUAAUAGUCUUUGUAUUUGUGCUCAUCUUUAAGCAGACGUACACACUGAAAGAAAAGGCGCCACUUGCAAAACUGAAUGAAGGCCUGCAUCUUGUCAACCAGAAGAACUUCAUCAAUGAGAAAUACGGAUCUCCUUCCACCAAAGCUAUCUACCAAGUACCUCUCAACGUUGCAGAGGCGGAACAGAUUUUAAAAAGGCUAAAAAUAGAACAUGAUGCUAAAGAGAUGCUGAGGGAUCUUGUUCUGUACCUUGUCUUUAUGGUGUGUAUUCUCUCUGUCGUACACGGACACUUGGACGUUUACCUGAGGUACCGGCAAAUUAAAUUCACUAAAGAAGUUUACCUGGGCGUAAGAGAGCCACUACAUUCUUGGGAUGCAGGGGAAAGUUUACUUGCAGAUGUCCGUGAAGUGGAAGACAUGUGGGACUACAUCAUAGAUUAUCUUAUACUGCCUUUAGUGGCAGACGACCAUGAAAAAAUGUCACCUGACUCGUCCUACCUGAUUGGUCCAGCUCGUCUCAGACAGGCCAGGGUUGAACCAGACACCAGUGGUUGUCUGGGAAUUCCUGAAAAUAUUCGUGAUAUUUAUGGAUUAGAAUUUUGUUCACUCUCUAUGAAGAAUGGGGUUGAAGAAAAAAGAAGUUUCGAGGGGACUUGGGAAAACCCUUCCAAUCUUACCAAAGUGGACAUGGAAGACUCCCCGUAUGUCUACAGGACUGCAGAAGAGCUUAAAACUGCUUCCUUCAGAGGUUAUUUUAGUAAGUAUACAGGAGGUGGCUAUGUGGCUAUUCUAUCAAGGAAAGAUUAUAAGUCUUGUAAAACUUCAUUAGAAAAACUUCGCAGAAAGGAUUGGAUAGACCAACACACUAGAUGUGUGUUUGUUGAGUUUACAUUGUACAACCCAAGUUCUGAUCUGUUCACACAUGUUGUUAUAGCUUUUGAGUUUGAUGUAACUGGGGGGCUGUUUCCUCAUUACCAUGUCAACUCUGCCAGAUUUUAUUUAGGGGAGAAGAGAAAAGAAAGAUGGCUUGUACUAGCAGAGGGGGUUACCUUCGUCUGCCUCUUGUUCUACACUGCAAUACAAUUUAACGCACUUUACAUGAGUGGCUUUUACUGUUAUAUAAAGAACUAUUGGAACAUUAUUGAGGUGAUUGUUCUCCUCUUGUCCUACGUAGCUGUAUGCCUAUACUACCUACGGUUAAUAGCCUUCACAGAUGCCUUGGACUUACUAAAUAAAUUCGGUCAUGCAUACUUCAUUGACUUCCAUACAGUUUUUUACAGGAACUUUGAUUUCCAUGUAGUUAUGGGAUUUUUGGCUGCUUUUGUCAUAGUCAAGCUGGUAAAAGUAGUCACGUUCAACCCAUUCCUAAUAAUUUUCUUGAGAACAAUGGAGGUGAUCACACCUGGGAUUUUUGGCUAUUCCAUCAUCUCACUGUUACUUUUGAUCGCACUCGCAGCACUUGGCAAUCUGCUCUUUGGCUCUAAAGUGAUAGGGUACAUGACCAUUGGGAGAAGCUUCUAUUCCCUGCUGUUCUUCAUCCUGGGUGAAGCCAACUAUGUUUACAUGUCCACCCUUGUCGAUGUUCUCUGGCCCUUCUACUUCCUCAUGGUCAUGUUUAUUACUCAGUACUUGGUACUUAAUUUCUUCAUAGCUAUUUUGAGAGAAGGGCUAGAGCGGACAAAGUUACAGGAAUUUACAGAAGAAAGUGAAACAGUCAAAUACAUGAUCCAAAGUAUUGUUCGAUUGUUAGGAUUGAGUCGAAAAAAUCGAAGAAAGCUUUGAAUAAAUUUUAGGUUUGUGUUGCUAGCUAUUCUCGUUAGUGUUGAGAGCUGCAACAUGAUUAACAUGUCAAUAAACACAUUUUUAUGAGAUGCAAAUUAAUUUUAAAAACUGCCGCAUACAUAAUUUA